AUGCUGGCUCCCCAAAGUCAUUCUGGCUUUUAUAAAACUACGGUAACCAAAUGUUUUCUGGCAUUCAGUGUUAUAUUUUCCUUCAUCUUAUUAAUGCCAUUUUCAAAACGGAAAGAUAUAUUUACCUAUAAUUUAGAUGAUAUUUUCGAAAAUGGAUCGAUAUGGAGAUUAGCACUUUGCCAACUACCUUUUCUUAGUACAAAAGAUCUGGUAUGCGGUGGAUUACUGUUGUACUAUUUUCGAAUAUUUGAACGACGCUAUGGAUCAAGAAAAUUUCUGUCAUUCCUAUUUUAUUGUGCUGCAACCACAACAUUCGUCGAACUGUUGAUGGCUUUUAUUUUGAGGAAAUUAAACUUUUCACUUCAUACACUUCCUUCUGGACCAUUUAAUUUGAUCUUCCCACUUUUUGUGCCCUAUUUUCUGGACAUUCCAUGGGUCCCCGUUGCACAUGUGAUGAGGAUCCCAAUAACUGGAAAAUCAUUUCCAUACAUAUUUGGAUUUGAAAUUGCUAUGACAUCUCCGGAAUCUUUAUUUGUUUGUAUAUGCGGUUUGAUCACUGGUUUUACCUACUAUAAAAAUUUUUUAAACGUUCAAUCAAGACUACUAUUUCCUAAACGAGUUAUUCAAUUUGGUUCAAAAGUGAUUGGUCCAGUGUUAGAAACUCCAGCACCGAAAUAUAUAAAUAAACCAUUAGGUGCAACACUAGAAGUACAACGUCAAGUUGAAUUGGAUCGGAGAGAAAUAAGUUUAAUUGAAGCAACUAGACGUAUGCGUAGUAGAGAUUUGCCAUUCAAUAUGAGUCGUGUAUUGGUCGGUAAUCAAUAG